AUGUCUCUUCGACAGCGACAGGAUGAAGGCGAACCCAGCAGCGACGUCCCAAUUUCGGCUCUGCUAACGAGCAGACGUUAUCUUUCACAACUGCAACAGACACAGCAGCACACCAGAGGCCGGGACACAUCCGACGCGGAUAUUUCCUCGGAUGUCUCUAGUCUCUCCGAGGCCGACCUCCACCGCGACUUGCACUCGGAUGACUACUCGGACUAUGAGACGCCACUAGGAGGACGAUGGGACCUGACUGUCCAUUGGCAUCUUGCAGACUAUAGCGAAGGUGUCGAGGGCGACGCAGACGAUGACGACGAUGAGGAGCGAGGGAAUGACACGGAUUUAUCAGAUGGCUCAGGACUGGGCAGGAACGUCCAUCUCGAUUUGGGCCGAGUACGAGAGAUCUUAGGGUCGAGUCCAAGUUCAACGCCGAUCAUUCUUACUGGAUUGUCGUCUCCAAGGAAUGGCUCUGCGACGGUAAUACCUGCCAGGACUUUUGAUUUUGAUUUCCAUUCCUCGGCGAGUGAGGACAUAGACUUCAGGCGGCGCCCGCUUACCACACCGGCAGCACCAGAACGGACGGUUCGAUUCAGCAGGGAGCCGCAAAGAGACUUUGCGACCUUGACCUCAAUGGGCAGGCCCCGUAGUCCUGGACGGGACACCACAUCUUCAGAUCUCCAUCAGGACACCGCGCAUGAGGACAUGGAUGACAGGCAGGCAGAUAGUGGCGUUCGCUUGAUCUCACCUCCAACAGACAAUGCUGGAAGCAGUAGCAGCAGCAGUCGACUGUAUCGGACUAACAUAAUUUCAUCAAGGACACGGUUAAGCUCGGCGAUUGCGCAUGACUUCGAAAACCACUUCACUCUCCAAGGCUCCAGGGAAGCAGAUCAAAGCUCUCGCUCGGGCGGUCAUCGGAUCCACAUUUUCCAGCGCCCAGCUUCACCCGAAUUGAGCUAUGAAGAACGUCGACUACACUAUUACCAGCACUCUUCGAGCAGAUGGAGACAUGGACUCUCUCCAUCGUCUGCAAGCCGUAUAUCACCAUACUGGAGCUCUUAUCAAUAUCCCGGAUCAUCAUCCCCGCCUUCGUCCUUGCCAUCAUCGCCCGCGUCAUCGACAUCAACCUCCAGAAUGGCCUCACCUGCGCCCGAAUUUCCUUCGCUGUCUAGGAACAAGUCCUCGGAAGGCGGUAGUUCUGAACAGACCUCGCAAAACCAAAAGGGCUCCGGAAAUGGUGAUGGCGGACAGAAUCGCUACGCAGAUCGAAAGCACAGGUCAACUGUAGGGACAGCAUCAACAACAGCACCCUCAUCGACUUUAAUGAACACUGGACACCAACGGAGAGCUGUAUCAUCGACAAUCUCUUCAUUACCUUCGUUUGCAUCGUCAGCAUUCGCGCCGAGGGCAGAAGAGGGCAGUGCUGGCUCAUCAAGGCUCUACCGGUCACUUCGAUCAAACCACCCUCGGCGACAGUGUUGCUUUUUACAACCCGGACAAAAGUUUCAUGGAUCUCAGAAUCUAAAAUCUCACUUGGCGACGCUCUCGGGCUUGCGGACUCGCCAGACAGAGGAAUGGGACGUCAAAGUGACAAUCAGCGCAGUCGACUAUGAGGCAGGAGCAGUCUAUGGGCUUAUGGAAGCGAUCGAUGUGCCGAUGUCGGCGUCCAAUGUUGUCACGUUCUGGGAAGGAGAGAUCAUCGAUUUCGAGAAUCAUACGUUCUGGACAAAGAAAUGGGCAGCCAAGGCUAGGACAGAUCUGGAGCAUUGGAAAAGGCUGGAGGCGUUCCAGGGAAUUGACGAAAAAUAUAUCAUCAAGGGCGCCAAGACAGGCAAGUUCCGUGGACAUAUUGAUCAAAAGUACAUCUUUAUGCGCUGGAAAGAAAAACAUUUUGUGAAUGUAAGCGAGCACACGAGUGGACUAACGAUCGCCGGGUUCUACUACCUCUCGAUGCGACGGUCGGAUGGCUACGUGGAGGGCUACUACCAUGACCAGCAGUCGACUCCGUUUCAACAUCUCUCCCUGAAACCCGUCUUUGAGGCCGGCGGAUUUUCGACCUCGAUCUUUGAAGUCGCCUAA